CUGCAUUUUGAUUGGCCCCGGCGCUAUAAGCCCCGCCUCUAGAGGGGUUGGAUUAUAAAUAGCACAGGCUUCCUCACGUCGACCACGAAACUUACAACACCACAGGAGCUGAAAAAUGAUCAACUGGAAGGCUUUGGACAACGUCCCCAUCCUCCUGUACAUCUUGGCCCUGAAGACGCUGCUGCUCUGUUUGGCGUUCGCCGGGGUGAAGAUCUACCAGGGCAAGAAGGCGGAGGAGGCCCUGAAGAAGGAGCAGGCCGAGAAGAGGAGGCUCGCCCAGCAGGUGCAGGACCUCAUCGACAACAAGAAGGAGGACUGAGCAGAGGGGACGCUGCUGUACGCGGGGAAACAAGUUGCUGAUCUGAGCGACAGGAGAACUUCUCCGAACAUGAGCGAGAUGUCUGACUUUCAGCAGCAGGACAGUGUGUUCAGUUCCUGUGGACCAGGACUGUUCACCUCUACAGUUUUCUAUACGUCUUUAUGGAAGUGUGACUGAAGAUGAAACCACGCGGAGUCCUGAAGCGACACUGAGAUGAGGGAGCGAGCAUCUUCAUCUACUGCCUUGUUCAUGCUCGCUUAUUUAUAUACAUACAGCAUGCCGUUCAUUUUAUAAUAUUUUUUUAAAGAUUAACAGUUUGUUCCACAUGGUUAAAUGUUGUUUUUGUCCACCUCUCACCACACGGGUUUCCACGGCGGCCUAUGAUCCGACUCCAACACUCUGUGUUUUUAUUUAUGGUUGAAUAAAAAAUAAUUUAUCCUC